AAGUUUGAGGGUACGUUCUGUUCGGUCUGCAUUGUUAUCUGACAGACUAAAAGCAAACAAGGCUGUGUACGAGCGAAUUGGAGUUCAUACAUCCUCGCAAGCAUGUGGUUUAUACAGAUAUAUACUAGACGUCACGACUAGCUUGGUUGUGGUGUGUACUGCUAUUUCUGUGUAAGUAACACCUCUUGUCUUUUUGGCUGUGUAUACCUCACUUCCUCUUUCUUAUUUGUCACUUUUUCAUAAAUUUGUUAAAGAAGUCAAUCUGUAGUUAAUAUACGAUACAUGUAAGCAUAUUUUUGUCAUCAUGGUUGCUAACUGCACCUGAAGGACAAAUUUACGAGUUUUAUGGCUGAAAAACAUUAAGUUAAGUUAAGUUAAGUUAAGUUGAAAGAGAUCACAUGCAUUUUCACAGAAUGGCUGUUGCUAAAAAUAAGAAUACAGCUCUGGAAAAAAUGAGUCCACUCCAUAUUUUUUUAAGAAUUUGCAUCGUUAAACCUCGGUUAACCGUGAUUCUGCUGGUAGAAGGCUAAUGCUGAGCAGCAGGUUGCUUCCAGGAGACACUGGGAAUGACCAGAAACCAGCCAGGUAGAGAGCGGAAGUGACUCUCUAAUGCCAGAGAUCCCAUAAAGCAAGAAAGAGGCCCUUCAUUAAUUAGAUAUAGGGAAGAACCAGGUUGGAGUUUACAAAAAAACCUAUAGUUUAUACAGAAGCACACCCAUAAAUUGAGAUAUAAGUGAAACAAAAAAUUGUACUCUGGUCUCUUAAUUUUUUCCAGAGUUGUAUUAUGUUGAAUCCCGAUCUCUGUACUCUUUUAGGCUACGUACACAUCAUCGGGCCGGAGUGACUCAAAUCAAAUUUUUUUUUGCCUUAAUGUGACACAAAUCUGAUUUUUUUCUGGGCCGUGUGGACACAGAAAUAUGAUCUUUCAAAUUAUAUGCAGUCCUAAAUCAGAUACGUAGCUGAUUCAUGGCCACGUGAUCAGAAUUUAUGCGGUUCUAUUUUUUUGCCUAAAUGCGUGGGCUGAGCUUCUCUUGAUGUCGGUGUCGCAGAAGACUCGUACAAAAUCAUAUCAAAGUGGGCAUUUGUUGCCGUUUUCUGGGACAGAUGCAUUUACAUUAUAUAGAUACAGGCUACUGUAUCUAUAUAACAUGAACGUAAAAAGUCAUGUUAACCUCAAAGAUGCAUGAUAUAUCAGUUACCAUAUUGGUAUUGGCCAACAUUCGAUAAAAAUCAAGAUAUUAGCAUUAGUCUGGUGUGCCAGUCAUGGCCACUAUUGCUAUUUAAGAUAUUUAAUCUUCAUCCAUAUUGAAAGUUACCAGCGCCAGAGCUAAAGACACAACUACUAUGAAAAUGGAGAUGAUUGUAUUGGACAAUCAGCCAUUUUCCAUAGUGGGAGGACGAGGGAUAUCAUCUGCUCAUUCAUCACUUAGAAGAGGUUUCAAAGCACGAGCGAGCAACAUGUUUAUAGUUCAUUACUACAUCUGGCCAACAGAUCAACUUUUUGUCAUUUUUCACAGGAUAAAAAUUGAUGUAAUGUCAUUCCACUAAUCUGCAUCAAACGCUAUAAUUGUCUCCGAUAACACUUUCAUGCUCCAUGUGGUCUGGAUUAUUUGCGUUUUACACAGCUUUGGGGAUCAACUCCAAGUUCAUACAAGAAGGCUCCGCCUACAAGGUGCGUGGCGUGCCGGUGAUGUCCAGCGCAGAUACGUAGUCGGGAUUAUUGGUCAGAUAAAGUUGGAUUACUACAGGGGGCUGAAUCCUUCCAUUCCACGCUCAUUGUACAUCUGUUUCCCCAUUAUGAACAACACCACCAACAAUACCUGUGUUGACCUGUCAAAUAACUCCAUCAGCAAUCUGCUAAUGGCCAUAUACAUUGUGGCCUUUGUGUUGGGUGUAGUCCUCAACUUGAUCACGUUGGGGCCCAUCGUGCAGCAGGUACGCAGCCACAAUGUUCUGGGGGUCUGCUUGUUGAACGUUGCCAUUUCGGACCUGCUUUACAUCUUCACCAUGCCCUUGUGGAUCCAUUACUAUUACAGUGAUCAUCGCUGGGAAAUGGGACAAAGGACUUGUCAGCUAGCUGGUUUCUUCUUCUACUCUAACAUGUAUAUCAGCAUUUACCUACUGUGCUGCAUCUCUGUGGACCGCUGUCUGACCAUCACCUACCCUCUGCAGGCCAGGGCAUUCCGGCGCCCAAGGUAUGCCUGGACUGUCUGCGGCUCUGUCAUUUUAAUUGUCAUGAUCAUACAUGCCCUGAUACUUGCUCUGGACAAUCGAAACACUCCCCUUGAUGGUAAGCUCCGCUGUUACGAACACCUCCCCAUGCCUUCGGAAGUAGCUCGCAUGAACCUCAUUCGAGCAAGCCUCGGCUUCCUCCUGCCACUUUUGGUGUUGGCCUCAUGCUACUGGCAGAUCUUUGGCAAGGUGCAUCGCAGUGAGACUCUGGACAAGCAGAGCAAACGCAAGGUCCAGCUUCUGUCCAUGGGUGUGAUUGUCAUCUUCUCCGUCUGCUUCGCUCCGUACCACCUGCUGCUCAUAGUGCGAUCCGUGGCCAUGUUGUUGAUGCAAGGGGAAAUGUAUUGUGCCUUUGAACAACAUACCUACUUCUACUUCUCCGUUGCACUGGCCAUAUCCAGCCUCAAUAGCGUGAUGGACCCUGUGCUCUACGUGCUCGUGAGCAAUGGGGUCAAGGAGGAACUGAGGGUAUAUUUUAUUCGAGGAAAGCGCGAGGACCCCUGCAGGUCGCAGCCUACAAUUGAAACGAAAACUUAACUCUACUGAGGAUGGACCAACCUCAAGACUUGACAGAGGUUGAACUUAUCUGAAUGCGUGGGACGCCAGUUUCUAAAUGAUCCAGAAUAUGGCAAGUAUUUGUAAAUUGUACUGAUGUAUAGUGCUUAUAUUAAAUAAACAAUUUUUAAUUCAGAAGCAUAUUGCAUUUAACAGUCUGACAUUGAAACAUGUUAUUUCAUAUUAUUUUUAUCUUUAUUAACACGUGGUAAGCAAUAAAAUGUAUGUGAAAUC